UCUGUCUCUCAAUCUAAGAAAUUUCCACCCGGUUUUGCUCUAAGCGUAGUACCCUCGAAACCUUUCUCUGCGAUCGGAUUAGGGUUUUGCUCUUCUCGAAUUCUCACUCCGAUUCUCUCACCGCGCAAAACCCUAGAAAUCAUUCUCUGUGAUCGGGAAAGGGCUUUGUUCGUUCUCGUGAAUUUCGGCCAUGGAUUCCGACAAGAAGAUCGAGAUACAUUGUGGAAGGGUGGAGCUGAGACCGGAAUUGGGCUUGCAGACCCUGGUCGAGAUCUCUCUUGAGUACUCUGACCGAGAGAUUUUCGACAUGGGCGACGGCGAUCUUCACACCGUCAACGAAUUCACCGACGAAGCGAUCCACCUGGAGAUGUACCUUGGUCCUGACACCGACGUUCGCGCCACUCUCCGGGUUCGUUUCGAGAUCGAAGACGAUGUUUCAGAAGCUAUUUCUUCGCGCAUAUCCUCUGUUCUCAAAGAGUAUUGUGACGGGGGAAUCAUGAUAGAACUCGCCGUAAAGGUUGUGGAAGACAGCGUAUUUUCUCCUGAUGAUAUUUCCGACGAUGAUUACGACGAUGGUGAAUAUGGGUUCUCUCGGACAAUUCUCCGUGAAGAUCAUGAUACCGCCGCCUGUGAUGUUGAUAUGGAGAACUACGAGGAAGAGGAGGAAGAGUACAUUCAGACAGACGCAACAGCAGCCGAGGAUGAAGAUCAACAUGCUUGUUACGAUUUGGUUCCAUCGAGUUUGUCUGAAGGACAUGAUGGUUUGAUGUCGCCUGCAACCCCUGUGUUUGAUCUUCAUGAACUGGAGGAAGGACCAGGAUUGGGGAUGUGGGAUUUGGUUAUGGGAGAUUAUGAAUGUGAGGAGGGAGAGGAAGAAGAAGAAGAAGAAGAAGAAGUAGUGUACGGUCCCAGAGGAACGGGAGCACCAGAAGAAAUGAUCGCAAGGCUGAAGAAGGAAGGAGAGAAACAAGCGCAAAGCCUGAAGAGGAAUCUUGAUUCUGCAAACUGUGUCGUCUGUAUGGAGGAGUGGUCGGAUUCAGACAUGGUGAUCGACAUGCCUUGCUCUCACGUCUUCCACAGCGGAUGCAUCUUUGAAUGGCUCUGAAUGGCUCCAGUCCCACACCACUUGCCCUUUGUGCCGCCGUGUCCCUUAUGAAUCUCUGAGCUCUGGCUGUGAUCCGGAAGUACCUGUUCCCAAGUAGUUGGAAGUGUUUUUCUUGGUAUCUGUUUCCACUGUCUCUUUUUGGUUUAUUAUGUCUGGAAACCGCUGUAAAACAAUUACUCUGUAAUGAAAAUGGCAGAAACUUGAUUUUAUGAAUA